AGCAGCGGCCGAGCUGCAGAGCUCCUCGCCAAAGAACGUGGAACAGUGCCGGGCUUUAUUGGAUUCGGAACAUCUCAGAGUGAUCUAGGAUAUGUUCCCGCAGUUCAAGGGGCGGAGGAAAUAGACAGCCUUGUGGAUGCUGAUUUCCGAAUGGUGUUGCGAAAACUUUCUAAAAGGGAUAUCACAACAAAAUUAAAAGCUAUGCAGGAGUUUGGGACAAUGUGCAAGGAAAGAGAAGCAGAAAUUGUUAAAGGCGUUCUUCCUUACUGGCCAAGAAUUUAUUGUAAAAUCUCAAUAGAUCAUGAUCGCCGUGUUCGAGAAGCAACUCAGCAAUCGUUUGAGCAACUGAUUCUUAAAGUAAAGAAACACUUAGCUCCUUACUUAAAAAGUAUCAUGGGUUACUGGCUGAUUGCCCAGUGUGACACUUACUCCCCUGCUGCUUCUGCUGCAAAAGUAGCUUUUGAAAAAGCUUUUCCAUCAAGCAAGCAACCUGAAGCCUUAGCAUUCUGUAAAGAUGAAAUUCUUAAUGUACUUCAAGACCACCUUCUGAAAGAAACACCUGAUACACUCAGUGACCCCCAAACUGUACCAGAGGAAGAAAGGGAAGCCAAAUUUUUCCGGAUUCUGACCUGCUCCUUGUUAGCUUUAAAGAAGUUGCUUAGCAUGUUGCCAAAAAAAGAAAUGGAUUCAUUGGAGGAAAAGUUAACGUCACUUCUGUCCCAAAACAAAUUUUGGAAAUACAGCAAACACAGCAUACCACAGGUUCGCUCAGCUUUCUUUGAGCUGGCUUCUGCUUUUUGCCAGUACUUGCCUGAGCUGGUGAAAACUGAAGCACCAAGGGUUUGUCCUGCUGUUCUUCUCAGCAUUGACGACAGUGAUGCAGUGGUGUGCCCUGCUCUUUGGGAAGCUGUACUUUAUGCUAUUGCCACUAUUGAGGACUGUUGGAGUCAUGUAAAUGCUAAAAAGGGAGUUCUACCAAAGCUGUGGGCAGUGCUUCGAGAAGGUGGACGAGGACUAGCUACAGUUAUAUACCCAAAUCUCUUGCCAUUCAUUAGCAAGGUGCCUCCUGGCAUUGCAGAGCCAAAGCUGGAAUUUUUCAGAACUUUUUUCAGCUCUAUCAUUCAAGGGUUGUCAAGUGAGCGAGCAAUAGCCAGCCCUUCAGAAAGUUCAGCAAUUAUAACUGCAUUUAUGGAAUGUCUGCGCUUUGCCGUACUGCAGGAAGUGGCUGAAGAAGAUGGCCAAAGACAAAUUCAUCAAAUGCUUAUAUAUGACCAGCUGAUUCCUCUUACUGAUGCUGUAGUUAAGGAGCCCAGGUUACAAAACGGACCGUUAUUUUAUCAAAUAGCAGAAACACUGGGCUCUUGGGAAGCUAAAGCAGAACUCUCCAACCAUGAUGGCACAGAUCAAGUUUUCCACAAACUGUUGUCAGAUUUUUGGGACCAUCUUUUAAAAAUGUGUGUACUUCAUAUUGAUACGUUGGAUGCUGAUGAGAAAUCACUGCUUGCAAUAUCUGGUAUGCUAGAAAUUCUUCACAAUCCAAAGAGUGCUACAAAAUCAAACAACAGAAAAUCUCUAAAAAUCAGGUUUACAGAUGAGGGUGAACCUGAAAGAAACACAGAGAAUGGAAAGCUCACAGAAGUGAGAAGCAGGGAUUCUGAAAUGCAGGCUGACUUGCACCAUAGUUCAGUCCUAAGGAAAGGACCUUUAGAGAAUUUAGUCUGCAACCUUGCUGAACUGAGUAUAGUGUAUGUCAACAUACAGAAGUCAGAACAGCAUUUGAAAUUUCUCUCUGCCCUGCUCAACUCUUUUUCUUCAAACAGAGUUUUUCAAGUACUUUUAGAGCAGGGAAAUGAUGCAAGCUCUGCUCAAGCUGAACCCCAGAAAGGAAUUAAAGCUCGUCGUGAAAGUCCAUCUGUAGAAUUUCUGUAUAUGAACUUAAUACCUUGGCUGAAAGAAGACUGGAGGAAAGACACUCAGUGUCUGGUUGAUAUUUUGUACAGUGUGCUUAAUUGUUGCAACAGUAACGAUGAAAGGAAAAUCAUUCUUGAUGAUUUAACCAAGAUGGAUCUGAAAUGGAUUAUUUUUCUCCAGAUAAUUCAGAAGGCAUGCUCAAGCACAACAAAACUUUCCUUAGUCUCUGACUGGCUGAAAGGAGAUACACUUGGAGAAAGACUUGUAAUGCUGGCAGAGGAUCUGUGUCACCUGGGUUUAAAACCUGUAGCGGCCUCAUCAGAAUCAUCCUCUUCAGAAAGGUGGACCCUCUUGAGCUUAGUGUUCUCGCAACACAUUAAAAACGAAUCUUUGAUUGGUGAAGCUUUUGUUGAAAGGAUUAUUGAUAAACUUCAAGCAGCCCUAUCUAAAGCUAAGGAUCUUUCUGAAGCUGGAAAUACUGAACCAUCAGUAUCUUUCAUCUGUGACGUAGCCUCAAGCUUUUUCAGCUCUGUUAAAGGGUGUUUACUGAUGCCAUCCUCAGAAGAUUUACUGCUUACCAUCUUCCAGUUGUGUGCUCAGAGGCAGGAUGCUACGCACCUAACAGAUUUACUUGUAUGUAAAUUAAAACACACUUGGAUGUCUGGUGUGAAUUCACUUGUGUGUCAGCUUCGGAGUAUGCAGAAACAGAGUGCCUUUUUGCAUAAAUCUGCACUGUGGGUCAAGACACAAAUUCAGUCUUCCUCUUUGGAUGUGAAAAGCCUUCAGGUUUUGAUCUCUGCAGUUAGUGAUUUGCUGUCUAAGCUUAUGGAAGCUGAGGGCCCGACUGGAUAUCUGGUGGGAACUUAUGUUGAGCAUGUCACGCCAAACAAAAUGGAGUGGGGGAGAUUGCGUGAAUCUCUAUCCACUGAGUGGAUGCACAAGCCACUGUUGGAAGGAAGACUUAGCAUGAAUUGCGAACCUUUGGGAUCGUGUGUCGAGCUGUGCGGCACAACUAAACUUCCAGGCCACCUAUGUACUUCCGCCUUAUUAAGUAAAAUGGUACUGCUUGUGUUGGAAAAUGGUCUUUUUUUUAUAAACAACCACCUUGUUUCACUAGUUGCAGAGCUGUUGUACUCAUUACAAUGGAUUGAAGAGUUGGAGAGUCCUCCUCAUCUGCUUUUGGAGUAUCUGUGUAUGUUAGAGGAAAUGCACAUCACGUAUGAGAAGUUCAGUACGCUUAGUAAUAAUACAGCUAGCCUUCAGCAAACAAUAUUUGAUAGAUCGGAGGAACAUGGAAGACUCUGGUCCUUAACCAUGGCUAAAGUGAUUCGUGUGGAAAACACUGUGUCCUGUGAGAUGAAACAACUUUUUAAGACAACAGAAGGGUUUCUGCCAUUAACAGAGGGCAAAUUGCAUACACUUCAGUGUCUCUCACCUUUUUUAAUUGAGGAAGAGAAGAAAGAACUUGUCUUCCACUGCGUGGCCAAACUGAUGACAUGCACGCAGACAGAGCUUUCCAGUACAGAUGGAGCAUUUGGGUGUCUUUCCAUUUUGAACUCCUGCUUGAAUGAUAGAAGUAUUGAUUGUGAUCAUCUGCUCCCUGGAAUACUAAAAAUCAUAAUGUCUUGGAAAAAUGAUAAUGAGGAGAGUUUUCUCUUUAGCUGCAGUCUGAAAGAAACAAGUGCUCGGUUGCUUGGUUUCAACAUAGAGAUGAUCCGUUACCUUCCCUUGUUGCUGAAGUAUUCCACAGCUCCUUUGGCAGAUAAUGAGUGGGACUUUAUCAUGUGCUCCAUGCUGGCUUGGUUAGAGACAACAAGCGAAAACCAUUCGCUUUAUCGUGUCCCGCUUGUGCAGAUUUUUGCUUGUGUCAGUUGUGACUUGGCAUCUGCCCUUAGUGCUUACUUUGAAGCUGCAGCUCCUGAAACUACUGAAAACCUUCCUGUGAACUUGAUCAGUGAAUGGAAAGAAUUCUUUUCUGAAGGAAUUCACAAUUUGCUGUUACCUUUGUUGGUGAAAGUCACAGGAGAAACAAAAAAUGCCUCUGAAGGCUCCUUUCAGAACUCUGUGUUAACAUCUUUGGGUGAAGCUCUGACCUACAUUUCGAAGGACCAAUUGUUAAACCAUAAGUUGCCAGCGAAGUUUGUUGCAGGCCAGAAGACAAAUCUUCCAGAUAAACUCCAGACUCUACUCAAUACGCUGUGUCCAUUGUUGCUUUUCCGGGCUAGGCCUGUACAGAUUUCUGUCUACAGUAUGUUGUAUAAAUUAAUGCCUGAAUUGCCUAAAUUUGAUGAUGAAGAUCUCAAAUCCUAUGGUGAUGAAGAGGAGGAAUUGGCAUUGUCACCUCCAGCAGCUCUUAUGGCUGUCUUGGCUACUCAAGAACUCUUGCUAGAAAACAUCCUGGAAUGUAUUCCAGUUGGAGAAUUUGCAGUUAUUCAGCCCCUGAGUGAUGAGUUCUGCCUUGUUCUAGGAUAUCUUCUCACUUGGAAGUUAACAUUAGCUUUCUUCAAAGCAGCUUCCUCUCAGCUGCGAGUUCUCUACUCACAAUACCUUAGAAGAACUAAAAGCUUGAAUAAACUGCUUUAUCACUUGUUCAGGCUUAUGCCUGAAAACCCUGUCUUUUCUGGGCCAGCUUCGGAAGGUCCAAAUAAGGACACAAAAACCUUCUUUACUGAAGAGCUUCGUUUAGAUGUUAAAGGGACAGGAGUCCUGUCAUCCCAGAUUCCACACUUGGCCUGCUCCGUGUAUCAUAUAACGCUGAAAGACUUGCCAGCCAUGGUCAGGCUUUGGUGGAACAGCUGUGAGAAACGAGUCUUCAACGUUGUAGACAAAUUUACAAGCAAAUAUGUCAGCAGUGUGCUUUCCUCGCAGGAAAUAUCUUCUGUUCAGACUAGCACGCAGUUGUUUAAUGGCAUGACGGUAAAAGCUCGGUCUGCUGCACGGGAAGUCAUUGCUACCUAUUCAGUUGAUGAUAUAUUUAUUGAACUAAUAAUACAGCUUCCAUCAAAUUACCCACUGGGAUCCAUAACAGUUGAAAGUGGAAAGAGGGUUGGUGUGGCUGUACAGCAGUGGCGCAAUUGGAUGCUGCAGUUAAGCACAUAUCUUACCCAUCAGAAUGGAAGUAUUAUGGAAGGCUUGUCUUUGUGGAAAAAUAAUGUGGAUAAACGUUUUGAGGGCAUUGAAGACUGCAUGAUCUGUUUUUCAGUCAUUCAUGGUUCCAACUAUUCUCUUCCCAAAAAAGCUUGCAGAACAUGCAAGAAAAAGUUUCAUUCAGCUUGCUUGUACAAGUGGUUCACAUCCAGCAACAAAUCCACCUGUCCACUCUGUCGAGAGACAUUUUUCUGAAAUAAAAGUCUUUCUGUGAGCUAAAGAAUAAAUGAAGAGGAGGCAAUAAACUCUAUGUUGAAUGAAGCUAACUACUUGGAAAUAGUGUCAGUUACGUUAAGUUCUUGACUAGCUGGAUAUGACACAUAUUUACCUCUGGACUGUUUUGUAAGCUUGGAGAUUCUUUGAUAUAAAGAGAUAUAUAAGAAUAAUUUAUUUUAAUUUGUAUAUUCUUAAGGUAUUGAGGUAUGUUAACAAAUCAGAAAUAAUGUAGUUACAUCUGAAAAGUGGUGUUUAAGCCAUGGCACAGUGGAUUAAAACCUCUUAUUUUAGAUACAUUGUAACACGGUGUUAUGCGCUUAACCAAGAUCAUGCCUCUUGAUGUAAGAGUUGGAU